AGCAGCACCAUCAUCUUCUACUUCUAGCGCAACGUUAUCAUCUUCGCCGCAAGCAACACCCGACUAAUCUCAUUCGUCACCAACGUUUCGGAGACCAUGAACGCCGCUCUCCCGGAGUCCGUCACGCUCGAGCAGCUCCAAACCGUCAAUGACGAGCUCCGGCGCAAGAAGCUCGACGCGGAGAAAGACCGCGACCUAUUCCGCGACAUGUACAGCAAGGCCUCCGCGCACGCAAGCGAGGUCACGAAGGAGAACAACGAACUGCUCGAGCGGGCUGAGCUCGCAGAGGGACAAGUGAAGGAUGGGCUACGGAUGAUCAAGGGGACUUACGAAGAGCGGAUCCGGUUACUCGAGGCGGAGGUGGAGAAGUGGAAGGGGCAAGCCCAGCUGCUCACUGCGAGGGACAGGCGGACGUUGGAGAACGAAGAGUUUCGAAGACGUGCGGCGAUGGAGCCAGAGCUGAGGGGGGAGAACGAGAGGCUGAAGGAGGAGCUGCAGAAGCUGCAGGAGGAUUAUGCCAAGCUGGAGGUGUUGCUCGCGCAGAUUGGGGAACAAGAGUUGGAUGACUCGGCACCACCGACGCCGAUGCUUGAGGUUCCAGGCCGUCCAAUGCCUCGUAUAGUGAGGACAUCGACCACGUCCGUGCAGGUUCUGACUUGAGAAGCCAACAGCUUAGGGUCGAGAGUAUGAACAUUGGUCAAGCAGUCUUCAUUAAUUGGUUGUAUUGUAUGGCCGAAGUCACUGUGGUAUAACUGUGUCACACGGGUUCCUGUUUCCGCGGAGCAUAAAGCAAAUGCUCCCACCGUGGCGGUCUGCGAUAUGUUAGCUUGAUUCCUGCCUUAUGUGGUCGGUAUAGCUGAUCAGUGGUAGCUUGAGGA